ACGUCUGUCCGCUGCGGCGGUUCAUGUCCGUGUGUAGGGUGUAUUUUAUUUCCUGCGACGUGACGCUGAUCUCACCCGACGCCCCCUCCGCUCCGCUCCAACCGGGCGACGUUCUCUGACGCGUCGGUAACAUUGAUACAGCGGCGCUGGGAGCGUUUAGUCGGUGUUUCUAAUUGCUGGUCCAGUAUAAAUAGAGACGAACAGCUGGCUGUGAAUUCAUAAAGGGCUUCACACACGGUCCUCGGCGCAAAACGGGCGAGACGUGAGACGCGCGUUGACGGACGAGCGACGCCGACUGUCUGAGAAACCACUAGAAAACAGAGGUUCCCUUUGAGCUGCGUAGAAACAGCACGAGAGUUAAACGUUCUGUCCGUUUUUAUUUUUUUAUUUCGAUAGCAAACUAUAUUAAAAAUAACAAUGAUAAUGUAUAAAGUACCUUAGUAUAGUGAUAAUGGUUAUACAACACAGUAAAAGGUUAACAUAAUAUUGAUAACAUUAAACCAUCAUCUAAGUUCAACACAUCCCUUAUAUGUGGUUUUACUGUAGUGAAAACAAACAUCCAUUCAUCAUCUUUCAUUGUUGUGGGGGGUUUGUGUGUCUGGCCCAGUGCUCACACACUGUGUGAUAGACCUGCAUGCCUCUGUGGGAGGACAGUGCUGACCCAAUCUUAUUUAUUUACUGUAGCAUACGUUAAAGUGUAAAUCUGCUAACAUGGUGGUUUGAGUGGACCUCCAGUAACUGAAUGCAUUCAUAUUCCAUGUUCUUCCGUUCAAAGUAUAAACUAGAUAUUCACAUUAGGUUAAUUUAAAGAUUUAGAUCAUAUCAAAAAAUCCCUGAAUGCGAAUGUGCACAGCUUUGGAAACACAUCACGGGACUUUUUGUUUGCCAGAAAUAAAGGAGCAGCUACUCUGUUAAUCCAAAGGAUCAGCAGAAGACUGACUGUUCUCGGGCCUCUAUUAAUACCAGCCGAGCAGGUCUUUGCUGGCGGUGUGAUCCUCUUAGCGUCUUCCACACACGUGGACGGUAGCGGGAGGAGGUUGGUUUAGGCCGUUGGGGGUCGAGGCGAGCUGGAGCGGGUCAGAACCCUGUUUGAAGCAGAUAUGAGCGCGCUGGACUGCACGGGAGCUCGGAUCUCCGGCUGCUGGUCCCUGAGGUCUGACCACAGCGGCAGCGGCGAGGACUCGUUGGACCGGCUCCUGCCUCCCGCCGGGGCCCCUCGCAGGAAGAGCGCCACCUCGCUGAGCAAGAGCGAGCCUCCCCUGCUGCGCACGGGCACGCGCACCAUCUACACCGCCGGCCGCCCCCCCUGGUACGACGAGCACGGGGCGCAGUCAAAAGAGGCCUUUGUCAUCGGGCUGUGUGGGGGCAGCGCUUCAGGGAAGACCACCGUGGCCAACAAGAUCAUCGAGGCUCUGGAUGUGCCGUGGGUUGUGCUGUUGUCUAUGGAUUCUUUUUACAAGGUUCUAUCUUCCGAGGAGCAGGCGCUGGCGGCGAGCAACGACUACAACUUCGAUCACCCCUCGGCGUUCGACUUCGAGCUGCUGGUGGCCACGCUCAGGAAGCUGAAGCAAGGCAGGAGCGUGAAGAUCCCGGUGUACGACUUCACCACGCACGGGCGGCAGAAAGACUGGAAAACGGUGUAUGGGGCCAGUGUCAUCAUAUUUGAGGGAAUUAUGUCUUUCGCGGACAAAGAGCUUCUGCAGCUCCUGGAUAUGAAAAUCUUCGUGGACACAGACUCAGACAUCCGGCUGGUCCGCCGGCUCCGCCGGGACAUCACAGAGCGCGGGCGGGACAUCGAAGGCGUCAUCAAACAAUACAACAAGUUUGUGAAGCCGGCGUUCGAGCAGUACAUCGAGCCGACGAUGAGGCUGGCUGACAUUGUUGUGCCAAGAGGUGGUGGGAACAUGGUGGCCAUCGAUCUGAUCGUCCAACAUGUUCACAGUCAACUGGAGGAGCGUGAGCUCAGUGUUAGAGCUCUCUUGGCCUCUGCUCAGCAGAUCCAGCCACUGCCUCAGACACUGUGCGUGUUGGAGAGCACGCCGCAGGUCAGAGGCCUCCACACCAUCAUCAGGAACAAGGAAACCAGUCGAGAUGAGUUCAUCUUCUACUCAAAGAGAUUAAUGCGGCUACUCAUAGAACACGCUCUCACAUUUCUACCAUCUCAGCUGUGUGUAGUUCAGACUCCACAGGGACAUGAGUAUGAGGGCCGCAGCUCCAACGGGAAGGGGAUCACCGGCGUGUCCAUUCUGCGAGCGGGAGAGACCAUGGAGCCCGCCCUGAGGGCCGUGUGCAAGGACGUCCGCAUCGGCAAGAUCCUUAUCCAGACCAAUCUGGACUCAGGCGAACCAGAGCUGCAUUACCUGCGUCUGCCCAAAGACAUUAGUGAAGACCAUGUCAUCCUAAUGGACAGCACCGUCUCCACCGGCGCCGCUGCUAUGAUGGCAGUACGAGUCCUCUUGGAUCACGAGGUGCAGGAGGAGAAGAUCAUGCUGGUGUCGCUGCUGAUGGCAGAGCUCGGUGUGCAUUCUGUGGCCUAUGCCUUCCCGAAGGUCAAAAUCAUCACCACCGCUGUGGAUAAGAGACUGGAUGACUGUUUACAUGUAAUUCCUGGUAUCGGGGACUUUGGGGACCGGUACUUUGGAACUGAUGGGUGCGACGGCUGGAGUGAUGAGGAUGACAAGGAGCAGGCAUCGUGCUGACACGCCUGUGAGCCUCUGGGAACGAAAAUGCAAACACUACUUGACAAUUCCUGGUCUUGUGCAUUGUCCCCAUCAGUAACAGACUCACGAAAAACCUUUACGUUCAAUAUUUGUGCUGUUCCUGAAGUUUUCUUCUCUAUUCACAUCUGAGCAGUCAACAAAUCAUCAGGUGACACCUGCCAAUAUGAAGCCAGUGUGUGUUCAAGAGAAAUAUCAGAUUCGUCAGGAAGAUGAACACACAGGCCACAUUUUUAUAUUACUUUCUUAAAAUGUUUAUAUUGUGGAAUAUUUGCACAUUAACUGUCAGUUCCUUGAUAAAAGCAAUAGUUUGGUAGAGUUUAUGUGCAUCAAAUGAGAUAUUUUCUGUCCUAGUUAAAAGUGUGUUUAAAACUAUGGACAGAAAUAUUGCAGUGAAGUUAUUUGAGUGUUUCUAAACCCUGUCUGUGUUUUGGAAAACUGGGUGCUUAUGUCUAUAAAUGAAAAUACAGUG